AUGGAUUCUCAGAUCUAUGGCGUCCCCAAUCUCCUCAUCCUCCUCACCGCCGCUGCUCUCCUCAUCUCCGCCGCCGCAUUGCCGGAAAACGCCACAUCCAAGCCGUCCUCCGCCGCCGCCAUAAACUCCAACUCCAUACUCGUCGCCCUCCUCGACUCCCGCUACACGGAGCUCGCCGAGCUCGUCGAGAAGGCCCUCCUCCUGGAGACCCUCGAGCGGGCCGUGUCGGAGCACAAUAUUACCAUUUUCGCCCCUCAAAACGAGGCCCUCGACCGGGAUCUCGACCCGGAGUUCAAGCGGUUCCUCCUGGAGCCCCGCAACCUGCGCUCCCUCCAGAACCUCCUCCUCUUCCACAUGAUCCCCACCCGCCUCGAGGCCCGCCGCUGGCCCGCCGACCCGACCCGAAAACCCCUCCGCCACGCCAGCCUCUGCCCCGACGCAGCCGCCGAGAAGAUCCCCGUUUCCGCCGGGACAGUCGGCCCGGCCCGGAUCAUCCGUCCCGACGACGUCUCCCGUCCCGACGGCGUCAUCCACGGGAUCGAGCGCCUCCUCGUCCCCCGCGCCGUCCAGCACGACUUCAACGCUCGCCGCAGCCUCCGCGCCACCUCCGCCGUCAUCCCGGAGGGCGCCCCGGAGGUCGACCCGCGCACCCACCGCCUCAAGAAACUCUCCGCACCCGUCCCCGCCGGCUCUCCCCCGGCCCUCCCCAUCUUCGACGCCAUGGCCCCCGGCCCAUCCCUCGCGCCGGCGCCGGCCCCUGGACCCGGCGGGGCCCACCACCACUUCGACGGCGCGGCCCAGGUGAAGGACUUCAUCCAGACACUGCUGCAUUACGGCGGGUACAACGAGCUGGCCGACAUCCUCGUCAACCUCACUUCACUAGCCUCGGAGAUGGGGAAACUCGUUUCCGAGGGCUACGUCCUGACGGUGCUCGCGCCCAACGACGAGGCGAUGGCGAAGCUGACGACGGACCAGCUGAGCGACGGAGGGGCGCCGGAGAAUAUCAUCUACUACCAUAUAAUCCCGGAGUACCAGACGGAGGAGAGCAUGUACAACGCCGUCCGGAGGUUCGGGACGGUGAACUACGACACCCUCAGGAUUCCGCACAAGGUGGCGGCGGUAGAGGCAGACGGGUCGGUCCAAUUCGGAUCCAACGGGUCUCCCGCUUAUCUGCUGGAUCCGGACAUCUACACUGACGGCAGGAUCUCAGUGCAGGGGAUCGACAACGUUCUUUUACCGCCGGAGAGUACCAGCUCUCCGGCGAAAGCGUCGCCGGUCGCCGCCAAGAUUGUUGCCGGGCCCAGAAGAGGGAAAUUAUUGGAAAUGGCCUGCACAAUGCUUGGGGUUGUUGGACAAGACUCGCAUUUCUCUAGCUGUCAUUAA